ACGAGAGAGAGAGAGAGAGAGAGACAGACAGACAGACAGAAAGUGUGUGUGAGAAAGAGAGAGAGAGAGAGAGAGAGAGGGAAAGUGUGGAAAGAGGAGGAGAAAGUUGGAGUGAGAGAGGGAGAGAUGCAGGACGUGAAGGACAGCUCUGCUCUGCACUGAGGGAUUUUUACAGGAUUCCUGUCGUUUGUCUCCUCUCCUUUUUUCUCCACUUCGUUCUUCCACUCGUCUGCUGCUGAUGGUUCGUCUCCUGAGAGCAGAGAGAGAGAUGGACAGACGGAGGAACACUCUGCACUUCUUCCUCCUGCUGCUGCUCCUACACAUGUCCACCUCCACGCAUGCAGCCAAUCCUGUGGAUGUCUUAAAGAUCCUCGAGCUAUCAGACACGAUGGAGGGCGUGUCCUUGGAGGCGGGGUUUUGCACCAACAGGCGGGGCAAAGAGGAAGUAGAUCUGGCCUAUAAGAUCAACAAGAAAAUACAGAUCAGUGUUCCAACACAACAACUGUUUCCUGACUCGGAGUUUCCGGCUGAUUUCUCGGUGAUGGCGACAGUGCGAGCUCAGCGCGGUGCUCAGUGUUUCCUGUUGAGUUUGUACGACAGCGAGGGAGUGCAGCAGCUGGGGCUCGAGCUCGGCCGCUCGCCCGUCUUCCUGUACGAAGAUCAGGAGGGACAACCGAGCCCCGACCUUUACCCCGUCUUCAAAAAGGUCAACAUCGCCGACGGCAAAUGGCACAGAUUGGCGUACAGUGUGGAGGGGAAGAAGGUCACGCUCUACCUUGACUGUGAAAAGGUCAUGACCCUUGACCUUCCCCGAGGUGAUGAUCCCAAAAUCAGCACCGAGGGAGUUACAGUGUUUGGAAGACGACUCCUGGAGGAGGAAGUGUUUGAGGGGGAGAUCCAGCAGCUGUUAAUAGUCCCAGACCCCAAUGCAGCAGCAGAUUACUGUCAGAACUACAUCCCUGACUGUGACUCCGCCCUCCCUUACACCAGCCUAUCACUGGACCCUGAGGAGGUGCAGAAAGUUCCCAGGAAGCCGGCUGUUGAGGAAUAUGAUGACCUCUACAGUGACCUUUACAGUGACCUAUCAGUUUCCACGGUUACUGCUGGACCCAACAUCACCGAGUAUGAGAUUGUGGAAUAUGAGGAGCUUGAUAAUGGGACGGAGUACGUGGUGAAAGAUUAUGAGGAAUAUGAGGAAUAUGAGGAGUACGAGGAUCGCUAUGGACCUGCCACCAGAAAUGGAAAUGACCUCUGGAAUGGACAUGCAUCUGCAGAACCACAGAAAGGAGAAAAAGGAGAACCUGCCAUGUUUUUAGAGGGCACCCUGAUUGAAGGACCCCAUGGCUUACCAGGCCCUGAGGGUCCACCCGGAGAGCCUGGGCCAAUGGGACCACCAGGACCAAGAGGAGAUCCAGGAGAGCUGGGUCCUCCUGGUCGGCCAGGUCUUGCAGGAGCUGAUGGUAUUCGAGGACCUCCAGGGACGUUUUUGAUGUUACCGUUCCAGUCUGGUGGAGACGCUCAUAAAGGGCCAGUGAUUUCAGCUCAAGAAGCUCAAGCUCAGGCAAUUCUACAGCAGACCAAGCUGUCUCUGAAAGGACCUCCAGGACCGUUAGGACUUACAGGACGACCAGGUCCACUGGGUGCACCGGGGUCAACGGGGCUGAAAGGGGAUACCGGUCUGCCUGGCCCACCGGGUUUACGUGGGCCGUCUGGUAUUUCAGGACCAAAUGGCAAACCAGGAAAAAGGGGACGUGCUGGGACAGACGGUGGUCGAGGGGAACCAGGAGAAACUGGAGCUAAAGGUGACAGGGGCUUUGAUGGUUUACCUGGACUUCCUGGAAACAAAGGACACUGGGGAGAGCUGGGGAAGCGAGGGCGGAUCGGUCCACCGGGAGACAUGGGAAUAAAGGGUUCAGAUGGCCAGCCAGGACCUAGAGGACAACCAGGAGAGCCUGGUUUACAGGGAAUGACCGGACCCAGAGGACUUACUGGACCUACAGGGCUGACUGGAAUUCGGGGAGUUGAUGGAGUUCAGGGUCCAAAGGGCAAUCAGGGACCACCGGGUGAACCUGGAGCACCGGGACAACAGGGAAACCCAGGGUUCCUGGGAUUUCCAGGACCUCAGGGACUAAUCGGAUUACCAGGAGAGAAGGGACCUCCAGGAAAGAAAGGAAUGCAGGGGCUGCCAGGCACUGAUGGACCUCCAGGUCACCCAGGAAGAGAAGGACCACCAGGAGAGAAAGGACUGCCGGGUUUAGCAGGAGUUCAGGGUCCUGUUGGAUAUCCAGGAACCAGAGGAGUGAAGGGUGCUGAUGGUUUGAGGGGACUGAAAGGAAGUAAAGGAGAGAAGGGUGAAGACGGAUUUCCAGGAGCGAAAGGAGAAAUGGGUGGAAAAGGAGAUGAUGGAGAUCCUGGACCCCUGGGUAUGCGUGGUGAAGAUGGUGCAGAAGGUUUCAAGGGACAGUCAGGCCCAAUGGGAGACCCAGGACCCCCAGGCAUUGCUGGAGAAAAGGGUAAACUGGGUGUCCCCGGGUUGCCAGGUUACCCUGGACGGCAGGGACCAAAGGGUGCAGAUGGCUUCCCCGGACCCGUAGGCAUUCCAGGGGAGAAAGGACGAAAGGGUCCAGCAGGUCCUGCCGGUGCUGCAGGACAGAGAGGUCCCAAUGGUGCCCGGGGAGCACGAGGUGCAAGAGGACCAACUGGAAAAACAGGAGAAAAAGGCUCAGCAGGACAUGACGGGCCUCCAGGACCAUCAGGAGAAAGAGGACCUCAAGGGCCCCAGGGCCGUGUAGGAGAGAUUGGACCAAAGGGACCAAACGGUCCUGCUGGUAAAGACGGGUUACCGGGUCACCCAGGCCAGCGGGGGGAGCCGGGCUUUCAGGGAAAGACGGGGCCCCCUGGACCUGCAGGUGUCGUGGGACCUCAGGGGAACACUGGAGAAACUGGACCAAUGGGAGAAAGAGGUCACCCAGGAUCCGCGGGACCACCUGGAGAGCAAGGUUUACCUGGUGCAGCUGGCAAAGAAGGGUCAAAGGGAGAUCCUGGUGGCACAGGAACACCGGGGAAGAGCGGCCCACCCGGGCUGAAGGGUUUCCGUGGCAGCCGUGGAGUGGCGGGUUCCAUGGGGCCAGCGGGACUGAAGGGAGGAGCAGGACCUGUCGGACCACCGGGACCUGUUGGUGCUACAGGUGAGAGAGGUCCUGCUGGUUUGGCAGGUGCAAUUGGUCAGCCUGGACGAACUGGAACAGUUGGCGCUCCUGGACCAAUGGGAGAGAAAGGAGAGCCAGGAGAGAAGGGUCCAGUUGGCCACGCUGGACAGGAUGGAGAGCAGGGGGUUGUGGGAUUGCCCGGAGCCACUGGUCCUCCAGGACCCCCAGGAGAGGAUGGAGAUAAGGGUGAAGUUGGAGGUCCAGGACAGAAAGGAAGUAAAGGUGAUAAAGGAGAACAUGGACCUCCAGGUCCAGCCGGGACUCAGGGACCAGAGGGACAGCCAGGAGCACCGGGUGUGGACGGGGAGCCUGGACCCCCAGGGCAACAGGGUAUGUACGGGCAGAAAGGAGAUGAAGGCGCACGAGGCUUUAAAGGAGCUACUGGACCAGUGGGACUUCAGGGAAUGCCUGGACCUCCAGGAGAGAAGGGAGAAAGUGGACACUCUGGACUCAUUGGUCCUCCUGGUCAGAUGGGCCCUCGAGGUCCUCAGGGUCCAAGCGGUGGACAGGGUCCUCCAGGCAGACCUGGAGUUCGUGGCCAACCAGGAGCCGUGGGAGAGAAGGGAGAGGAUGGAGAAUCAGGUGAUCCUGGACCUGUAGGACUGUCUGGAAGCACUGGAGAGAAAGGUGAUCAGGGAGAGAAAGGAGACACUGGAUCUCCAGGAGCUGCAGGACCUCCAGGUGCUCGAGGACCAUCAGGGGAGGAUGGAGCCAAGGGCAGCUUAGGUCCUAUUGGCCUUCCAGGAGACCCAGGAGCUCCCGGAGAGGCUGGUCCUGACGGUAUUGAUGGCAUUCCUGGAUCUAAAGGAGACAAUGGAGAUCCUGGAAAAGCUGGGCCCCCAGGAGCUUCUGGAGAGCCUGGUCCACCUGGACGUCCAGGAAGAAGGGGUCAUUUAGGGCAACCAGGGAAACAGGGGAAGCCCGGUCUGAAAGGAGAUAAGGGUGCUCCGGGUUAUGAGGGAGCCCUGGGGAAGACGGGUCCAGUUGGAGCUCAGGGGAACCCUGGGAAAUCAGGACCUCAGGGACUUCGGGGGAUCCCAGGACCAACGGGAGAGCAGGGUGUAAAUGGACCCCUGGGUCAAACAGGACCUCCAGGGCCAAUGGGUCCUGCUGGUUUGCCAGGACUAAAAGGUGACCCUGGCAGGAAAGGAGAAAAGGGUCACGGAGGUCUGAUUGGUCUGAUUGGUCCUCCUGGUGAAAUAGGAGAGAAGGGAGACCGCGGGCUUCCUGGUAACCAGGGGAUACAGGGACCCAAAGGAGAUGAGGGUGCAGUUGGUCCUUCUGGCCCCAAUGGACCCCCUGGCCUACCUGGACUCUCUGGAGCUAUGGGACAAAAAGGGUCAAAAGGCAAUCUGGGCCCCAUUGGACCCCGAGGAGAUCCUGGACCCAUUGGUCCACCUGGUCCUCCAGGUCUUCCUGCAUCAAAUUCCGCUCCUUUCUCCAGAGGCAGGAAGCGAAGACAUCACUCUCAGACUGAGGGAGACACUGAAGGAGAGAUAAAUGGAGCGGAGGAAGAAGAAGAGGAGGAGGAGGAUGGGAUGCAGAGUGAUGGAACGGGUGAAGAAGCAAAGGAUAUGGAGGAAGUUUUUGUGUCUCUGGCCUCCAUGAGGACGGAGGUGGAGGGUUUGCGCAUUCCAAAGGGAACCUACCACAGUCCGGCUCGUACCUGCAAGGAGCUCUGGAUGUGUCACACUGACUUACCUGAUGGGGUGUACUGGAUCGAUCCGAAUCAGGGCUGCCACAGAGAUGCCUUUAAGGUUUUCUGUAAUUUCACAGCAGAGGGAGAGACCUGUCUGCAGCCACACAGCAAGCACCAGGUGGUGAAGCUGUCUGCGUGGAACAAGGAGACACCUGGAACCUGGUACAGCAAGUUCAGAAAAGGAUCACAGUUCCAAUACGUGGAUGAGGACGGGAACCCGGUACACGUGGUACAGAUGGGUUUCCUGAAGCUGUUGAGUGCGACAGCACAUCAGUCCUUCACCUAUCAUUGUCAGAACUCUGCUGGCUGGCUCGACCGCACCACACUCACAUACAAACACGCUCUGCGCUUCAGGGCCAGCAAUGGAGACGAGCUCACACAUCAACACACACACUACAUCUACGCCAACUAUGACGGCUGCCAGUCCCGGUCGGGUCAGGACCGCACCGAGCUGACCUUCGACUUCCCGAACACGGAAACUCUGCCCAUCGUCGACGUGGCCGUGUCGGAUUUCGGAAAGCCGAAACAGAAGUUUGGAUUCUCCGUCGGUCCGGUGUGUUUCAACGGAUAAACAUCCGAGAGAGAGAGAGAGAGAGAGAGAGAGA